AUGCAUAUAUUCUUUAUCUAUCUAUCUAUCUAUCUAUCUAUCUAUCUAUCUAUCUGUCUGUCUGUCUGUCUAUCGAAUGCAUUGGCCAAAUCACUUUGCAUGUCUUUAACUGACUUUAGCACCACGCAUAUUACUUAUCUAUCUAUCUAUCUAUCUAUCUAUCUAAAGUGUAUUUGUUGUCUGUCUAUUCAUAUCCACCUCAAUCUGGCCUCAAGUCUAGCUAACAAUAUAAUUCUCUAUCUAUCUAUCUAUCUAUCUAUCUAUCUAUCUAUCUAUCUAUCUAUCUAUCUAUCUAUCUAUCUCAUUCUGUUCAUAUCUAUCUAUCUCUCUGCCUAUUUCAGGUUUUUAUCAUACAUUCGACUACUGGAUAUAUCGUUUUUAAAGAUUCAUUCUUCAUUCUCUUGUUUUCAAACAUACUUAACUUUUCACUAUCUAUCUAUCUAUCUAUCUAUCUAUCUAUCUAUCUAUCUGGUCUCGUUUUCACACUGUAUAUCAGCAAUUUCACUUCCCCUCUAG